GUGCGGUGGUUGUAUAGUAUCGGAGCUGCCGGUGUGUUGCCCGCUGCGCUGUGUGGAUUAACGGAGCAGGAGAGAGGAGACCGGAGAGGACCGAGGAUCACGGGGCUGCGCCGUUACGCGGUUUAUGACUGUGCGACUGACCGGGACACAGCUUUACCGGAACUAUACAUACAUAUCCAUAUAGAUCCUCUUUUAAUCUUUCCCUCUAUUUUUUUUUAAAUGUAUUUUCCAUUCUCUUCAUCCGCCGAGGAGACGCACUGAGUCGAGUUAACGGAGGGCGAGCGAGGUACGCACAGACUGGGAGAGAGAGACUGAAGUGAAAACCCCCCAAAAUCUUCUCAGAGACGGUUGAGCGGUGUCUCACACAGCAGUGGAGCGAGCACAGGGGAUUUUAUCAGUGUUUCAAAAACACCACAAGUCGGUCCCCCCCUUCUCUCCGGGAUCUGCAGACUUUUCCACCCUUUUUUCUUGGAUAUACUUGUUUUUCUUGUGGUGGAAUUUUUUCUUCUUCUUCUUCCUAUUUCACCUGCACCAGGGCAGCCAGGAGAGGAGGAGGGGGAGGAGGAGAGGGAGGGAAGAAGAAGCGAAAGAAGGAGAGAAAAGAGGCGAAGAGGCAAGGAGGGAAAUCAUUUCAAGUCCCGUCGGAUGGGAUUCUUGGAUGGAGGGAUGAAACCGGGGGGGAACCGCGGGGAGGGAGAGAGCCAGCGAGGAGGGACAAGAAGUGGAGGAUGGAGUCGUCGGGCGCUCUGAGAAUGCAAAGCGGACGCACCCUUCUGGAAGAGCGGAUUGAACUGUAGAAACAUCCGUGAGGAAUUUACACCCAGCAGAAGGAUAAUACACACAUUUACCUCAGCACACACACACGGGGCUUGUUGUGUUGUCUGGAUCGAAUCUGUGUGGAGUUACGUCUGCGCUUUAAUUAUGGGAUGUGGAAAGUUAAUUGCGCCCUGACAGCCGGUGAACCAAAGGACCCGCAUCCGGAGAGAGAGCUCCGCGGCUGCCAGCCGGUCACAGGGGAAGCCAGGCCCUACUGUACCACAAUGAGUGAGUGAGACCUGAGAGAAGAUUUUGGACCUGCACCCUCAUCCAUGAUGUUAUAGCGGUGGUAACAUGUGAUACCUGAAGCAGAGUGCUAACCGCUUUUACGUCUCUGAAGGUGCUGUGUCCAGGUGGGGUGGUAACCAUGGAGAGGCUGUUGCUGUGUGUGAUGCUGGCGGUUGCCAUGGCGGUGCGGGCCCAGGUCUGCCCGAAGCGCUGCGUGUGUCAGAUCCUGUCGCCCAACCUGGCAACCCUGUGUGCCAAGAAAGGCCUCCUGUUUGUACCGCCCAACGUUGAUAGGCACACGGUGGAACUCCGGCUGGCUGACAACUUUGUCACCAGUGUGAAGAGGAAAGACUUUGCCAACAUGACUAGACUGGUCGACCUCACAUUAUCCAGAAACACCAUCUCCUUCAUCACACCUCAUGCCUUUGCUGAUCUGGAAAACCUCAGAGCCCUACACCUCAACAGUAACCGCCUGACGAGGAUCGGCAACGACACGUUCAGCGGGAUGUCGAAGCUGCACCACCUGAUCCUGAACAACAACCAGCUGGUGCUGAUCCACCAGGGAGCGUUCAACGACCUGCUGGCGCUGGAGGAACUGGACCUGAGCUACAAUAAUCUGGACUCUAUUCCUUGGGAAGCCAUCCAGAGAAUGACGAGCCUCCACACGCUGAGUUUAGACCACAACAUGCUGGACUAUAUUCCUGAGGGAACCUUCUCGCUGCUACAGAAACUCAACCGGCUGGACGUCACCUCAAACAAACUGCAAAAGCUUCCACCGGACCCUCUUUUCCAACGAGCACAGGUCCUGGCCACGUCCGGGUUCAUGACGCCCACGUCCUUCGCGCUGUCCUUCGGCGGGAACCCUCUCCACUGCAACUGUGAGCUACUGUGGCUGAGGAGGUUGAACAGGGAGGACGACCUGGAGACGUGUGCCUCACCGCAGCAGCUCGCCGGUCGAUACUUCUGGUCCGUCCCCGAGGAGGAGUUCCUGUGUGAGCCCCCCCUCAUCACUAGAUUCUCCCAUGAGAUGAGGGUGCUCGAAGGGCAGCGAGUCGCACUAAGGUGUAAGGCAAGAGGCGAUCCGGAGCCAGCCAUCCACUGGAUCUCUCCAGAGGGCAAGCUGGUGUCCAACUCCUCCAGGACGUUGGUGUACUCCAACGGGACCCUGGACAUCGUCAUCAGUACUGUGAAAGACACCGGCUCCUUCACCUGCAUCUCCUCUAACCCCGCCGGUGAGGCUCACCAAACGGUCGACCUGGUCAUAAUCAAACUCCCUCAUAUCUCCAACAACACCAACAACAUCCAGGAACCUGACCCAGGAUCUUCGGACAUUUCCACGUCGAGCCGGGGCGGGGCCAACGGGAGCAACGUGACGGGCGACGUGAAGGGCGGGGUGGACAAGAGGGUGGUGACGGCCGAGGCCACGUCGUCGACAGCCUUGAUUAAGUUCAACUUCCAGAGGAAUAUUCCGGGCAUCAGGAUGUUCCAGAUACAGUACAAUGGAAGCCAGGACGACUCGCUGGUGUACAGAAUGAUCCCCCCAUCGAGCAAGAACUUCCUGGUCAACAACCUGGCAGCAGGGACCCAGUACGACCUCUGCGUGCUGGCCAUCUACGAUGACAUCAUCACCUCCCUGACCGCCACGCGAGUGGUCGGCUGUGUGCAGUUCAGCACUGAGACGGAGUACAUGAGGUGUCAUUUCAUGCAGUCGCAGUUCCUCGGCGGGACCAUGAUCAUCAUCAUCGGAGGGAUAAUAGUGGCCUCGGUGCUCAUUUUCAUCAUCAUCCUGAUGAUACGGUACAAGGUGUGUAACCCUGGCGAGGGUGGAAAAGGUGUUUCUAUGUCUAUGACCAACGUCCACUCACAGACCAACGGGCAGCAGUCGCAGGGAUGCACUGUGACUCCCAGCACCUCUAAACACGGCUCAAUCGGUUUAGACGACCUCUCUGGAGGCACAAAGAAAAGGAGCGGAGCAGCAGGAGAAGGAGUCGGAGGCAAAGAUACAGUGACUCAGUUGUCUGACUCCUCCCUGCCUGACUGCUCCACAGCCACGUCAGUUCUCAGCCAGCCUUGGGCGGCCAGAAGCCCGACUGCAGGAGUUGAGGAACGGGAGAAAGCAGGUGAAGAUCGAGCUCAAGCUAGCGCCUUGACGCCAACCGGCACCACUGGUUCUCUGCCCAAGCAAAAGCGGAAGCCCGCUCCGAGUAAGCCGGCUACGGUUUGCUCGAAUGCCUCGGCUGUCCCUGAAAAUCUUGCCUCCCCUCGACCUGCCUCCUCCUCCUCCUCCUCUUCCUCCACUGCUUGCUCUGUGCUCCUCCCUCCCUCCAUCGGUCUGGAGAACCUCAACACCAACCGCAACAACUCCACCUCUCUCAACCAAACCCCACCUCCCUUUGUCCCUUUCCCUUUCUCCAGCCCUCUCCCCGCGCCGAGCCCCGUCCCUUCAAUGAGAUUCAGAGAGACUCCCAUUCUGCGUCGGGCUCCGCGCGCCUCCUCCACCACCACCACAUCUUCCUCCUCCGCCAAGUACCAGACUCUCCCUGUAGAGGAGGGAGGGAGGAGCAGGGCAAGGAGGAGGAAUUCUCUCAGUGAAGGAGGCUCAAAGACUCACUCUAACCCUAACUCCCAUCAGGGAGGAGGAGCGCCCAAGUUAGGUCGCCUAGUGCGUAACAAAAGGAGCCAAUCAAUGAGCGGGAUGCUGCUCCUUAAAGAUGGGGAUGGAGACUCGGACAAAGGGCGGUGUGAUUCAGACUGGAUCUUAGAAAGCACAGUUUGAACGGGAACAAGAUGGAUCAUGAAAUAAACUUUGGUUUACCCAUAAUUGUUUUGUAUGAGUGUGUCUGACACUCUGUGUGUGUGUGUGUGGGCGUGUCUGUGUGUGUGUUCGUUUGGAUUUGUUAAUAGACGCGUGAGUGAAGUUAAGGCGUGUGUGUGUCAGACACGUUUUUGCCGUUUAGAGUGUGUGUUUUUGGUGUGUGUCCAUGUUAGUUACGGCUGGAUGAGUGUCUUCUGCGUCCAAACUGUUGGACAUUUUUCAACCUGUUUUUUUUAUUAUAAUUUUUCAUACUCCUCACGACUGUUUGUAUGCAUUUUACAGUUGUUGUUUUUUUCACUCUGAGACAGUUCGCUAACUGUUUCGCAGUCGGUCAUCCAGCGAGUGGAUCACUUGCCUUGUCUCGUAGCGUCCUCGAGUCGUCUCAUCGGUUCCACUUUAUAGCACAAAAAGAAAACAAGACAAUGGGCUCGUCACGUCUUACCCAGAUUCACACUCACCUUAUCUGAAAAUACCACGAAAAGGGAAUAUGACAGGAACGAAUAGAAAAAAAGCAACACAGGAUAAAUAACACAAUUCAAGAACUGAGCAGCGCACCUAUCUCAAUGUUCACACGGCCACAUGAAGUGUGCGACCACGCGGUGGCAAAGGAAUAGCAGUCGGUGCCUUCUUUUGCACUAACAGACCCUCUGACACAUGAUACAACCGGAUCUAUGACUCCACCCAGGCUCCACGAAGAAGGGAUCGAGGAAAGAGGGGGGACAAACGAAGGAAUAGAGUGAUUUCACACAUAGCCUUUCUUACCCACUGAGGAGUACGGACGUUUUAUUGACUUACGGUGGAAACAAACUGGGACAACAUGUAUCAGACGGACAAAGACUUUAACGGACCUGUUAUGAAAUUGAUAUUUUUUAAAGCGAAGAAUUACAAAAAAAGAACAAAAAAACCUUGCGAGCUUUUCACAGACUGUGGUUUACUACGCCCUGGGUCGGUCACGAGCUCCUGGAAAGCCUCUGUACAG